AUGAUGGAAGAAGACCCUGAUCAAAGCUCUUCAGCAGCUGACGAUAUUGUCACUAGUGCUGCUAGUGGUGACACGGCUGAUAUCCUUGCAGAGCUGGAUGACCUUGCCAUUUCAUCCAAUACAGCGGAAAAGUCGAAGCCUUCAACAGGCGAUUCAGCGCCACAACCUAAGACUUCCUCAAGCCCUGCCGGCGCCGCUUCUCCAGCACCAUCAACCUCAAAUACUUCUUCUAGCAAUGCUUGGAGUUGGAAUAUUCUUCCUGAAGGCUUGACCAGUAGUAUUACCGGAGCAGCAGCUGAUGUGGAGGCGGUCAUGGAUGGCGAGAAUGCCGACUUGGGUGCCACCAAGGCGGAUAUUCAGGAAAUGGAAUCUGCCAUUGCCUCGGCCGAGGAGGUCGUGUCCUCUGCCAUGUUUUCCGCCUUUUCGUCCAUGACAGAGACCUUGGUUGGACCGACAACUAGCAUGGCUGGAAAGAAGAAGAAAUUAAAGAAAAAGGGUGGCAUUCCUGUUGAUGAUUCUGAUUUGGAUGCAUUGACAACAGGACAAAGCCGAGAUUCAGAAGACGUUGCAAAGAAGUCUGACAACAGCGCUGCCGGUGUAUCAGUGCAGAAGAGUGGCAAACCAGUAGAUAUGGACGGAACUGCUGCCGGAGCGUCAACUGCAGGAUGGGCAUCGUGGACGGAUGCACUAGCAACCGAUACCAGUGAGUUGGCCACCUCCAUUUUACCAAAUUUUCCGGCUCCACCACCACUGGACGCGGAUGGGAAUGAAAUUCCGCAGCCAAAGGAAGAAAAAGAAACUUCCGAUACUGUGGCAUCCUCCUCCUUAUGGUCAGCUUUCAGCGCGGUUUCUGACACAUUCAUGCAGACCGCAUCAAACGAUUCUACUGGAAACUCAAAGUCUGGUUCGGGUGCCCAAUCUUCCAAUAUGUUUAUGCAACUGUACACUUCCAAGGUGAACCAGGCUGCCGAAUGGAUUGAAGAUCUGGAAAACGAAGAAAAUUCCAAGGAUCCGUACAAACACUUGAAGCAGCAUCUGAAGGACUUCCUCAAGGAUCGCCCGACUGGCACAUACGAAGGUUGGAUUCAAAAAUGGGUGCAAGAACAGGGAUGGGGAGAAGACGAAGAUGAAGGAACAAAUGGCGACGUAAAUGAGGGUGAUGCCGAGGAAAGCACUGCCCCCGUUUUUAUUGAUCCAUCCUACUACAAGGAAGAGAGUAUUCACCGCAACUUUUGGAACGAAAAAAAUUAUGCGGAUGGGAUUGAAGUGGAAGAUGAAAAUGCUCCACGAAAGUAUGUCAAGGCCCGAGCUUCAUCGGGUGGGAAGCGCAUGUCCCAGUAG